UGAUUUGUUUUCCUUUCAGUACCUGACAGUGACAUGCAUGACGGGCCGGGUACGGGUGCUUUAGUGACCAACUUCGAUAUAAACAGAGAUUUUGCUGGAAUCUACUCUGAAUGGCCGGGAGUGUGCCUCCAGAGAUGUCCACAUUGGGCAAACGCGGAGACAGGAUUCUCAACACGAGCUUCUUACUAACAGAAGGAUUUCGUAAGUGCUCUGCCAACCUGUACCAUGCUGAGACCAACCCAAAUGGUGUCAUCAACCUUGGCACAUCAGAAAAUAGACUCGUUUUUGAUCUCCUGAAAGAAAAGUUGAACGGACACAAUGUGAAGUGGGAGGAUUAUAUGUUUACGUACGACGACUUUAAAGGAAUUCCAGAGUUACGGGAAGCAGUUGCUGGAUUUUUGACUGAACGUGCGAAAUCUCCGACUCCAAUCGACCCCAAAAAGAUUGUGGUGAUGAAUGGAGGUGGAAUGUGCAUGGAGGCAUUGUCGUUUGCAAUCUGUGAUCCUGGAGAUGCAGUGAUGGUUGCUUCUCCAUAUUACGGAGGAAUUCAAUUUGACAAUGAAAUGCGGCCAGAAGCCAAGGUCAUACGUGUCCACUUCUACAGCAAGCUUGAGCCGGGACAGACGGAACCGUUUGAAAUCACUGCUUCCAAAUUUGAAUCGGUGUACCAGGAACAAACUCAAAAGGGAAUGAAAAUCCGAGCCGUUUUCUUCGUAAAUCCCAAUAAUCCGUUGGGAGACGUGUAUCCUAAACAACUGGUGCUGGACAUGCUACAAUUCUGCCACAGACAUUCUCUGCAUCUCAUCAUGAAUGAAGUCUACAUGAACACCAUCUUCAAGGAAGGAGCCAACUUCCAGAGUUUCCUCGGCCUCAAGCCAGAGGAGAUCCCCGAUCCGCAAAGGGUUCACUUUGUCUGGGCUGCUAGCAAGGAUCUGUCCAUGUCUGGUAUGAGAUUUGGAGUAAUUCACACUCAGAACGAGUCCAUCAUCGCGUUCAUCAGAAACUUCACCUACUUCCAGACGCUUCCCACCUACAUUCAGAAAGUCAUGGCUUGUCUUCUGUCUGAUCGAGAUUGGUUGAACAAUGUCUACUUUCCGACCAAUCACAAGAGGUUGCGUGAGGCUCACAAAGUCACCACGGAUACCCUAGACGCGAUGGGAGUGCCGUACCUCAACCGACCGUCGGGUCUCUACGUCUACGCUAACUUCAAAAAAUUCAUGCCGUCCCUCACCAAGGAGGAUGAGAUGGCUCUCUUCUACCGUUUCAUCAACGACGGCGUCUACAUCGCUCCCUCCUUGGCGUUUUUCGCAGAUGAGCGUGGAUGGUUUCGCAUCAUUUUCUCCAGACCGUUUGAUGAGGUCAAAAUUGGCACGUCACUGGAAACCCUACUUUCCCAGCUGAAGACUGAGAUCUCCUCCUCUGAUUGGCUGGAGAAGAACACAGCGGAGACAUGGAAAACGGAGAAUCCUCAACUCUACAAAGAGUGCAAAGCCAACAUGAAGUAGACAGAGCCAAAACAAGAUAGAAGUAUUCCAAAUUCUCUUCUCGGUUCUCCCUAACUUUUAGAUUUAGUCGUAUCUUUAUACUUCAAUUCUAAAUUUUUGAUUUUUCUUUUUGCAAUUCCCCAUUCAAUUUGCUUAUAGAUGCUAUGAGAAGCUUGGUUCUUGUGGAGUGAACCUUUGAACUGGUUUUGAACUGGUUUAACUGGUUUUGCAGUACUUAAACCUGUUUCCGAACUGGUUUAACUGGUUAUGAAAUGGUUUAGCUCUUUUUGAAGUAGUUUAACAUGUUCUGAACUGGUUUAACUGGUUCUGAAUUGGUUUUGAACUAGUUUAUAGGUUUUGGACUGGUUCUGUACUGGUUUAACUGGUUCUGAUCAGAAGAAACCAAGACAAGGCAAGCUGGGUAAAGCUGGUCCCAGAGUGCACAGAAUUCUAUUCAGUUGACCCAGGUGAAAAUUCUGUUGAAAACAGUCCACUGAACUAGUUCUAACUGGUUUCGACUGCUGACACUGAUAAGUUCUGAACAGGAUUUGAACUUUUUGAACCAGUUACAGACUAGUUAAACCAGUUUGAAACCAGUUAAACCAGUUUGAAACCAGUUUAAAGUUUGAAACCAGUUAAGCCAGUUUAAAACCAGUUACACAAGUUCAAAACCAGUUAAACCAUUUCAGAACCAGUUAAACCAGUUCAGAACAGGUUAAAUUACUUCAAAACCAGUGAAUGUAUUAUCAUUGGUUUGAGGGCUGGUGGGGGAUUAUGUUAAAAAUGUAGUGAGAUUUGUAAAACCUUCUUUGGAUCAGAAGAAAUACACAGAAAAUAUGACUAUCUGUUUAAAUGUAGCUAAAUAUAUUUACAAUGAAAACAUUUUACCAUUUCUUUUAAUCUAUUUUUUUUAAGAAUCCAAAUUUAACUGCAAAAAUGAACAUUUAUGCAAUACAUGUAGUUAUAUUUUUGCUGAUAAUAAAAUGUAUAACUAUGUAGAAAGACAGUACUACGUUGACUUCUUAA